UAAUAAAAAAAAACUAUUAAAAAAACAAAAAAUCUAAUUAGCUGUACUCAUAUCCGGAGCUCGGAUGAGCCUUGUCGUGCUCGUGUUCUUGGAGCUGUAACGUCCUUGAACGACUGAAUCCCAGGUGUACAAUCAAAACGGCGAAGAAAGCGUCUUUUCGUCCCAUUAACUUGAUAUUACUAAAAACUUAUGGCCUUGUGCUGCUCAUUUUAUUCACACCGACUGGCGGUCUUUGUACCUACUUUUUUCUCACACACAAAUUGACAGACACAUAGCGAGCAACCUCCACGCCCCACCAAAAAAAAAAAAAAAAAAAAAAAAUGAAUAUGUACGCCAACGAUUUUUCCCUGUUGGACUUCAACUACUCUGAUUCCAUCCUCGAGCCCUAUUCUCAUCGUCGCUUGGCGAGUUCGUUGGAGAAUGGAAUUUUCUUUCACAACUACGAUUACAACGACCUUGCUGUUCACAAUUAUGGCGGUCGACCCGUGCAAAAUCGUAGCCCUCCCAAGCACCGCCACGACGGCACGUCGCCUCUCCCUCUCGGCAUGGAUUGGAGCCCUUCCCCUCUUAAAAAGGAAGGGCAGAACUCUCUUCGGCCAGAAAAUUCUCAUACAGGGUGGAGUUACUGUGUGACAAUUCCUUCUUGGAUUUUCCUGCCUAAAUCAAGAGGUUCUGAUCCUGUUGCGUUUUAUAGAGUUCAAGUUGGUAUACAAUCUCCAGAAGGGGUCACCACUACUCGAGUGAUAUUACGAAGAUUUAAUGAUUUCUUAAAGCUAUUUUCUGAACUUCAAAAGGCAUUUCCCAAGAAAGAUUUGCCUCCUGCUCCUUCAAAGAGGCUAUUGAGAGUGAAAAGCCAGACACUUUUGGAUGAGCGAAGGUGUUCUUUGGAGGAUUGGAUGCAAAAGUUAUUAUCAGAUAUUGAUAUAUCAAGAAGUGUUCAAGUUGCGAUCUUUCUUGAGCUAGAAGCCGCUGUGCGGACUUCAUUCGACAAAAUGAAUCAGCAAAGUUCAGAUGUAAAUUCUUCUAGUAAUGGUGCACUUCAAUCAUUUCUGCCACAAGCCAAUUUAAAUGUUUCUGCAGUUGCUGGUAGUUCAUCUAUCACAUCAGAUCAUGGUGAUGAGACUCCAUCUGAGAUAUCUGAAUUUGGAACACCAAGGCAUAGUGAUUUUACUGAUCAACAAGAUUUAAUUGAUCCAUCAGAAACUGCAGUGAACUUUGGCAAGUUUAAUGGGAACUUCAUUAGGGAGAGCCUUCAAAGGUUCUCCAAGCACAAAAUGCCUACUGGAAUUGAAGGUGGUAGUAUAGACAGGGAUCGAGUAAGUGAGGAUACUGCUGGUGGAAAACCUCUUCGCCUAGAUGGAACAAAGUUCUUUCCAGAAUCAGAUGAUUACAAGCAGGAUGGCCAUGUUCGAAAAUCAUCAACAGAGAGUUUGGGAAGUGACUUGAGCUCUGCCAGAGUUGGUGAAGUAUCUAAUUCAGCAGUGGCUAAUGUCGAAGGCGACCUUUCAGACAUCAAAUCAGAUUUACAAGUUCCUGUGAAUUUACUUGUUGCUCUUCCAUCCGAUGAGCGCCAGAAGUUGAAUAGAGUUCUGAUUACAUUACAGCAAAGACUAGCCGCAGCAAGAACAGAUGUGGAGAAUCUUAUAGCUAGAUUAAAUCAAGAAGUUGCUGUGAGACAAUUCCUCUCAACAAAGGUAAAAGAUUUGGAAGUGGAACUUGAAACUACCAGACAGAAUUGUAAAGAAAAUAUGCAGCAGACUGUUUUAACUGAAAAGGAGAGAUUCACUCAGAUGCAGUGGGAUGUGGAGGAACUUCGGAGGAGGUGCUUGGAGCUGGAAAUAAAAUUGAAAUCUGAACAGGAGGGAAAAUUGCAUGCGGAGUCGACAAAAACGUCUAUUGUACAUGAGAAUAAAAAGUUGCUACAGGAGUUGGAUUUUGCUAGAGAGCAGCUUGAGAACUUGCAGAAACAUCAUGAUGAUUUUGAGAUGAAAUCAAAGACAGAUAUAAAGCUGCUUGUUAAAGAGGUCAAAACAUUACGAAGUUCUCAGUCAGACUUAAAACAGGAGUUCAGUCAACUGAUGAAAGAAAAGUUGGAACUAGAGAAGAGUCUUCAAAAGGAAAAGAAGAGGACGGAGAAUGCAAAUACUGCUAAUGUGAAAUUGCUGCAUGAAUGUGGGCUUCUUUGCAAUAGGCUUCAAGAAUGUAGUGUCAAUUUCCUUAUUGAAGAGGAAGAUAAAUUAAUAGUGGACACUUCAUCACCAUCUGAUGCUAUAGAUCUAUUGACAACAUCUGAUAAUCGAAUUGGUCUCCUUCUCGCAGAGGCACAGCUGCUUGCACAGGACAUAGAAAAUGCUGUUGCAGUGGAUGACGAUUUCCACAGCAAUGAAGGUGAUAGGACAAAAACGGAGGAUGGGUUAAGGAAGAUGGUAACAGAUAUACUUGUCGACAAUGCAAGAUUGAGGAAGCAGAUAAACUCUGUUAUCCUUUGCGCUCUGAACACAAAUGCUAAAGCUGAAAAAGAUGAAGAUGAAGAUGAAGUUGUCCCUUUGAGGAAAACUGUUCUAAGCAAAUUCUUAGAAAGUUGAGAGUUAUGGUGCUCUAGAUUGACAUGCCUGACUGCUUCAUCAUCCCACAUACGUAAGAUAAAAAUGGAAGUAAUCCCUAGAACUAUCUUGUCCAUAUGCUUCCACAAAAGCGUUAUUGUACUUGUAUACAUGAUCUAAUUUUCCUUUUUGUUUUAUAUUUUUUGUUUGAAUAAAUUAUUAUAAGAAGCUUUUUCUUGUAAUUUGAAGAUCCAGUCACAAGUAGACAAAUGUCUAUUUUGAACCA